GGUUUGUCUGCUGGAAAUUAUUGGACGAGGCGGGUCACAGCAACUUUUGACUUUCGACUGAAAGUGAAGCUACAUUUCUCCAAAUAUACGUGAUUUUUCUGCGCGUAAAUGGCAUCAUCUGAUGUGGUUCGACAGAUGGACAAGAACGCCCGUCCGCUGGGUUUAUCGGGCCAUGUUGGCUUUGACAGUCUGCCAGAUCAACUGGUGAACAAAUCCACUAAUCAGGGCUUCUGCUUCAACAUUCUGUGCAUUGGUGAAACUGGCAUUGGAAAAUCCACGUUGAUGGACACUCUCUUCAACACCAAUUUUGAGAAUUUCGAGUCUUCCCAUUUUGAGCCGAAGGUGAAGUUGCGAGCGCAGACGUAUGAUCUUCAGGAGAGCAACGUUCGGCUCAAGCUCACUGUGGUUAAUACUGUUGGAUUUGGAGAUCAGAUGAACAAGCAGGAGAGUUACCAGCACAUUGUGGAUUACAUUGACACUCAGUUUGAAUCGUACUUACAAGAGGAGCUGAAGAUCAAACGCUCUCUUCAUAACUACCACGACUCCAGAAUCCACGCCUGCCUCUAUUUCAUUGCACCCUCCGGACACUCGCUCAAAUCCUUAGAUCUGGUGACCAUGAAGAAGCUGGACAGUAAGGUCAACAUCAUUCCCGUCAUCGCUAAAGCCGACACCAUCUCCAAGAGCGAGUUGCACAAAUUCAAGAUCAAGAUCAUGAGCGAACUCGUCAGCAACGGCGUGCAGAUUUACCAGUUUCCAAUCGAUGAUGAAACGGUGGCGAAGAUCAACACGGCAAUGAACGGUCAUCUUCCGUUCGCUGUUGUCGGGAGCACAGAGGAGGUGAACAUUGGGAACAAAAUGGUGAAAGCGAGACAGUAUCCCUGGGGAGUCGUGCAGGUGGAGAACGAGAACCACUGCGACUUUGUGAAGCUUCGUGAGAUGUUGAUCUGCGUGAACAUGGAGGAUCUCCGUGAACAGACGCACACGCGGCAUUACGAGCUCUACAGACGCUGUAAACUGGAGGAGAUGGGCUUUAAAGACACGGACCCAGAGUGCAAACCUGUCAGUCUUCAGCAGACGUAUGAGGCGAAGCGGCAGGAGUUUCUGGGCGAGUUACAGCGGCGCGAGGAGGAAAUGAGACAAACGUUUGUCCAGAGAGUGAAAGAGAAAGAGGCUGAGCUUAAAGAUGCUGAGAGAGAGUUGCAAGGGAAGUUCGAGCAGCUGAAGCGACUGCAUGCAGAUGAGAAGAGCAAACUGGAGGACAAACGCAGGAGUCUGGAGGAGGAGAUGAGCGCGUUCACCAAACGCAAAGCUGCAACGGAGCUGCUACAGGCGCAGUCCUUCAACGCCAGCACCAACAACAAGAAAGACAAAGAUCGCAAGAACUCUGGAUUCAUGUGACGAGUGAGACGACCUUGAGCCUGAUUCACUACUUUAAGCCAUCGUGGAAUCGUUACGAAAUAUUGAUGCGUUAUAUCAUGUUUUUAAUGCACAUUGCAUCCGGUUGUUUCUCUAAGUAUUAAAGUAGUUUACUGUAAGACAAUACAGACGCACCAGCAUAUCAGUGGCUGUUUGCAUUCACUUUAAAGCUUCAUGGUACUGUAUUUACUGCACACAAGUCACGAUUGGUCCCUUUGAAGAGUCCUCACGUCUCUACAUAUCACUUUGGUUUGUGUCUAGACUAUGGAAAUAAUAUUCGGAAGAAAAUGAAUGCAAAGAUGACGCUAAUCUAUUAUUUUUACCGGCAGACUUGUGUUUUUUACUAGCUUGUGGAGGGAUAAAAACAUGAAUUAAAAACUAUACUUUAGUAAUUUACUACGAAUAAAUGUUGAGCUUGUUGCAUUUAUCUUCCACAUUUUAUACUCGUAUGUUACAUGUAUUUAAACAGUGUUAUUUUGGAUGAUGUUUUAACCAAAUAAACGCAUGUAUUUUUCUGCA